ACCUCCUCCCCCAACUCAAGCAGACACUGGAUCAGUCAUACUUAUGUAAGCUCGAGCUAGUAAGAGAAAUACAGACCUCAACUGAGCGUCUGAAAAUCAGAAUUUUAAACAUGGGCAGAGCAUCAAGAACGAUUUCCUGAUGGGGUUUUUUGGCUUCUCUCUGUGGCUGACGUUGGCCCUCGCCUUGGAGUUGAAGCAGGUGACCGUCGCCUCCCGUUCAGAUGGGGAGUUCACCUGCAGUGAGGGAUUGUGUGUCGCUCAAGUGUCUGAUCUGGUAGAUGACUGUAAGGACAGCAACGACAAAAGAAACUGCUCCGCUUAUACAACGUGUGACUUUGAGGAGGGGUUUUGUAACUUCAUACAAAACUUAAACACAGUCUCUGAAUGGACCAGAACAAAUGAAGCCGCAGGACUUAACAGGGACCGCACAAACGAGUCCGGGUAUUUUCUGACCCUUUUACCCGUUAAAGGAGCCACAACCUCUGCGACUCUUAGCAGUCUUGUCUUCCUCCCUAGUAAAAGCUGCCAGAUUUAUUUCUACUAUUAUUUUCGGGGAGCACACGGAAAUCUUCAGGUCCUGAUUCAACAUGGGGCUCAGAUGACAGAAAUAUGGAAACUCUCUGCACAUCAGCAGACAGAAACAUGGCUGCAGAUAGGAUUUGAAUUAACCAGCGACAACAGUUUUCAGGUGGCAAUUCGAGGGGAACUAUCUACUGACAGUGAAUCCUCUGAGUUCUUGGCCAUUGAUGAUCUAUUUUUCAGUCCUGGAUGUGUGACUCUCGUAAAGGGAGUCGUGCAACCCCCACCGGCCUGCCCACCCUCAUGGUUUACCUGUGAUGAUGGAAAGUGUAUUGAGGCAAAAAAAGUGUGUGACUUCACCCCACACUGUACCCACGGAGAGGAUGAGGCCAGUUGCCCUUCAAGGUGUGACUUCGAGACCGGUCCAUGUGGCUGGUAUGAGGUUACCCUAGGAGAUGGCUUUGACUGGGUCAGAGGCUUCUCUGCAGAUGUGCCUGCAGACUACUACAGCCACCCACUUCUGGCUGACCACACAACCAACACAACCGAAGGCCAUUUUAUGGUUAUACUGAAAAACAGCAGCAGUCUUCACCCAAAAGCUCUUCUCAUGGGGCCCUGGUUCCAGCAAACAGCUUCUGGCUGCACUUUGACAUUCUGGCAUUAUAACUCAGGUAUUUCUGUUGGAGCAGCUAGCAUGUACCUUCGAUUUGAGGGAGAUCAAAACCAACCCGUCAUCUGGACAACGCUGUAUGACCAAGGCAGACGCUGGAACCAGGUCACUGUGCAGCUGGGACGCAUCACUCAACCUUUCCAGAUCGGUCUGGCUAAAAUCAGUCUCGGAGUAUUCGAUGGGAUCUCUGCUUUAGACGACAUCAGCUUCGACAACUGCUCUCUGCCCCCUGCUGCAACAGAGUGCCCUUCUGACACACAUUUUCAUUGUGUGCACACGAGGGCAUGCGUGCAGCGUCUGCAGCUUUGUGACCUUUUAGAUGAUUGUGGGGAUGGAUCAGACGAAGAGGGGUGCUCUCCAGAGCUGCAGUGUGACUUUGAAAAAGGGCUGUGCAAUUGGGAACAGGAGCAGAGUGGAGAAGAUGUCUUUGACUGGGCUCUUAUCAGCGGCCCUACUCCAACCUUAAACACGGGCCCCCUCAGGGACCACACACUGGGCACCAGCAAUGGCCACUACCUCUACAUAGAGUCCUCUUUACCCCAGGAGUUCAAGGACACAGCUGUGCUGCUGAGUCAGGUGUUUCAGCCCACCUACCAGCCUGACAAAGACCCGUCUUCACCUCAGAAGAAAUGUGUUUUCCGCUUCCAUUACCACAUGUUUGGCUUGCAAGUGUUCAGCCUGGCUGUGCAUCUAAGGACCACGGCUACAGGCCUCGGUGAGAUGAUCUGGGAAAAAUGUGGACAUCAAGGAAACCUGUGGUACAGGGAGACAUUGUACCUCCAGAGCGCUAAACCUUUCCAGAUUUUGAUAGUAGGAACAGUUGGAGAUGAUUUUAAUGGAGACAUUGCCAUUGAUGACCUUUCCUUCCUCGACUGUGAACCCUAUGAUGGAAAACUGCCCUCCGAGAUCAUCCCAGCUGUGACUACUCCUGCCCCGACUGUUCUGCCCCACAGCUGCUCCGAAGGGGAGUUUGUGUGUGGCAUCUAUAGGGAGUGUGUUCCUCUGAGUCAAGUUUGUGACUUCAAACACGAUUGCUCCGAUGGGUCAGAUGAAACCAACUGUGUGAAUGAAAGGUGUGAUUUUGAAGAUGGAAACACAUGUGGUUGGAAAAUGAUCACCUAUGCUUUAAUCUUAAACCACGCCUUUCACUGGGCAGCUAACCAAGGGAAAAGCAUCCAUAAUGGAGAGGAGAACCACCGUCCAGCCAUUGACCACACCCUAAACAGCUCUGAGGGUUGGUAUAUGUAUGCAGACAGUUCCAAUGGUGCGUAUGGUCAAAGCACCGACCUCCAGACGCCGAUCAUCUCUGCCACAGGGCCACUGUGCGCCUUGAUCUUCUGGUACCACAUGAGCGGGUUCACAGUGGGUUCCCUUCAGGUUCUACUGAGGCACAGAAACAUCUCAAAUUUGGUCUGGUAUCAGACUGGUAACCAAGGCAACAAAUGGAAACAGGGGGUGGUGUUUUUGGGGUUACAAAACAACUUUCAGGUGAUAUUCCGAGCAAAGCGAGGAAUCAGCUACAUGGGUGAUGUGGUCAUAGAUGACAUUAGCUUCCACAAUUGCUCUCCUCCUCUUCCCUCAAACCAGCCAUGCUCAUCAGAGCAGUACGCCUGUGCGAAUGGCCACUGUAUCCCUCAGGACAACUUGUGUGACUUCAUCAACCACUGUGGGGAUAAUUCAGAUGAGAACCCCUACAUAUGCAAGGGUUUCAGUGGACGCUGCAACUUUGAAUUUGACCUCUGUUCCUGGCGCCAGUGCCAGGAGGAUGACUUUGACUGGCUGAUAAAGGCGGGCAGUACCCCAACAGUUGGAACCGGGCCAUCCAAUGACCACACCCUCAGAGACCCGUCUGGACACUACCUCUACCUGGAGAGCUCUUUUCCACAAGCAAUCAGCGACACCGCCCGAAUAAUCGGACCCUUAUUGAGCAGCAGGAGCUCCAGUUGCAAGAUGCGCUUCUUUGUUCAUAUGUCUGGAGAUGGCAUCGGAACGCUGAGCGUGUUCAUCAAAUUUGAUGGACAUCUGGAUCUCCUGCUGGAGUUGACAGGAGAUCAGGGGAACUACUGGCAGAUGAGGGAGAUCCCACUUAGCCAUCACAGAGAUUUCCAGGUGGUGUUUGAGGGCAAGGUAGGUCGCAGUGAAAAGGGCGACAUCUGCCUGGACGAUAUCACCUUCUCUCCUGGAUGCCUUUUGGGCCCUGAGGUCUCCGUGGAAAGCACAUCUGCACCUCCACCAGGCUUUUGUCCUCCAGGCUACAUUGUUUGCGAAAAAGAAGGGUGUUACACUUCAGAGCAGAUUUGCGACUUCACAGAAAAUUGUCCAGAUGGCACAGAUGAAAGGAAUUGUGGGACUUCCUGCUCCUUUGAGAACGGCCGCUGUGGCUGGAAGAGCUCGCUGGCUGAUAAUUUCGACUGGGCGCUGGGUACCGGAUCUGUCCAAAGCAUACGGCCUCCAUAUGAUCACACACUGAUGAGUGAAAAUGGACAUUUCCUCUAUCUGGAGGCAACACCAGUGGGCCUCAAAGGUGAUAAAGCCCACAUUAGAAGCUCAGUUUGGAAAGAAUCUAGUGCCAUCUGCAAACUCUCCUUUUGGUACUACAUUUCCCAUAAGGCCUCUGGGACCAUUCGGUUGCUAAUCAAGACAGAGAAUGACUUAACGGAGGUGUGGAACAAAACGGGACAUCAGGGGAACGAGUGGAACCAUGUCGAGGUCCCUCUGAGGAAACUGAGGAACUUUGAGGUGAUAUUUGAGGGGAUCCGGUCGAGGGAUGUAAGCGGCGGAGCUGCAUUAGAUGACCUGGAGUUCAUUGACUGUGCUCCAAGGGCUGGUAAACCAAUUAGUUGUCCUGCAGUCACAGACUUCAUCUGCCAAAGCGGCCAUUGCAUCGAGUCUCACCUGGUGUGCGACAACAAGCCUGACUGCGCUGAUCAAUCUGAUGAAAUGAACUGUGGUCACAUUUAUGACUUACCAGGUGCUUGUGAUUUCAACAUGGAAGAGGUUGAGUGGGAGGAGAGGUGUCAGCUCUUUCAGGAUGCUGAUGAUGAUUUUGAUUGGAGGAUCAGUCAGAGAACGGAAACUCCAGGAGCUGGACCACAGACUGACCACAGUGCAGAAGGGGCUGGGAGUUUCUUGUACAUACACUCAGCCCCCCAGAGAGAGGGAGACAUUGCCAAGGUGACAACAAGGAAUCGGUUUCCUGCCAGUAUUGGUGUUUGCCAUGUGCGCUUCUGGUACUUCAUGCAUGGCUCUGACAAGAUGGGAACACUGAAGGUCUACACUGCAGGACCCAGUGGAACACCUUUACUGAUGUGGGCAGCCACUGGAAACCAUGGCAACCAGUGGAAAUAUGCUAAUGUCAUCCUGUCCAACACGGCACCUUUCAGAGUAACCUUUCAGGCAGAGGUGGGUGGGGACAUGUGGACAGACAUUGCCCUGGAUGACAUCUCAUACACUUCAGAGUGUGUGGUUGCAGGUCCAGUUACUCCACAACCUCUGACCUGCGCUGUGGAUCAGUUCCAGUGUACACACUCUUUUCAGUGUAUCUCAGAGAGCUGGUGGUGUGACGGAGAACCCGACUGUAUGGAUCACUCUGAUGAAGAGCACUGCCCCACAGUGGUACCUGGAACUCUUCCUCCUCAGGGUGACUGCCCCCCUGGGCAUUAUCAAUGUUCAAACAAUCUCUGCAUCCCUUCCAUCCUGCGCUGUGAUGGCGUGCUGGAUUGUCCUAAUGGAGAGGAUGAGCAUCUCUGCCCCCUGCUGAAGUGCGAGCUGGAAGAACUGGUGUGUGAAAGCUCCCCUGGUUGUAUCCCACUUUUAAAGCGAUGUGAUGGCUUUGCCAACUGUCUGCCGUUCCAUUCGGAUGAAUCCAGCUGCUAUGAAUGCCCUGCCAACUUUUGUCUGGGUCGUGGUUUGUGUGUUGCAGAGAAGCACGGGCCUCGUUGUAGGUGUCAGCCAGGAUGGACAGGAAACCGCUGUCAUGUGAAGGAGAAACCAUCCCUCACCACCUCUCCACCAACAACAGAAGGCAUACAGCUGGAUUCUGUGUAUGCCGGCAUCGCCAUCGGGCUUCUGCUCCUUUUAGCCGGAGUUGCUGUUUGCGUUCUUGCUUUUUGCAGGAAAAAAUGCCACACAAAAAAACACGACCCAAUGGACUACGGGGUGAUGAAUGACCCUGGCUUUGAGCGGAGGGCAGAGCUCCCAUCGGCGGAUGGAAGGCGAACCAGUUGUCCUGGCGUUAACUCGAAGAUAAAUUUUAUUCCUGGGCUAUCAAUCAGCGUCUACCCCUGGAAACAGGAAAAUGAGGAUUGGAACUGGAAGGAUACAAGGAUGUCUUUUUCCAAUCCACUGUACAAUUACUCUCUUGAUGUUAAUGGUGCUGACCGUAAAAGCUCAGAGGCAUAAAUCAAUAAACAUCUGAUUUAUUGCUGGGACAUUCUCGCUGUGGAGGGUUGCAUUGUUGAAAUGCACAAAAGAAGUCGGUAUCAGAGAUCUAGCAAGUCAAGCAUCAAGUCUCAAAGCUGUGGAAAUUGUGUUCCCAAAAAUGGUGCAGAGAGAGAUUCAAGAAGAUUUCUAUUUUAAUAAAAUAUAAUGAUUGUAAAACAUAUUUUUUUUUUAUUUCCAUCUAAAUCAGAAGCUAUAGUAUGGGAUAUGGUAUAGCUGUACUGAUCCACAGUCCAGACCAGCUGGUAGCAGUAAUAUUCAUCAACCAACUGAUUGCCAAAAAAAUGCUACAAAGAAGAAUGAAGGAAAUGUUCACGAAAAAGUCAAGCCAAAUGGAACAAUCCUCACACAAAUGUCAGUAAUCCUAAAAAUAUUAUUUUAGUUUGGAGUUUGAAAGAGUGUUUUGAAAUGUUUUGUUUUCCAUCAAAACAUUUUAUUUAUUUUUGUCAUUGGAGUUAAAUGGGAGUACAAUUCCAGCCACUUUUUUUUUUUUUUAGCACAGUGAGCUGUAAAGACAAUCAAAACUUUACGUCAUGGAAAACAGGAAUUCAUUGCACCGACAGAACAUUAAAAAAGCUGUUUGUGGAUCUAAGGAAUUGAAUCAGUGCACCUGCAAAGCGACUACCAUUUCCUUUAUGAGAAAUAUGUAAAGUAAAUAUAGUGGACACAUUUUGGUUGCACAAAAACUUCACUCUAGACUCAAUAAAGUUUGCUUAAAUUUC